AUGGACCGCCCACAUCCGCUGCUCGACCGCCUUGAGGCGACCACACGCUCUCCGCCGUCACUCAAGUCGUCGGCUCUCGCAAUCCUCCGCGCCGCCUGGCCAGCCGUGACCGACCUCGGCGACGCCCAUUACUCGCUCAUCGCCGACCUCCUUCCGCUCAGCACCGCCUCGCAACUCGCCAUGCUCGAAGACGCGUCGCCUCACAUCGCCCCGCACACCAACCACAUCUGGCGCGAGCUCGCCAUCAACGAGUUCAUCGAGGUGCGCAAGGUCAUCGAGGACGGCCAGCUCCGCCCCGACGACGAGCCACAGUCGUGGCGCGAACAGUACGAGCGAGAGGAGGCCCGUCGCGAGGCCAAGAUGGAGGAGCUCCUGUCGCGCAUGCGGGGACAGCUCCAAGACUACAAGGACCGGCGCAAGACGAUCGAGCGCGUCGACGGCGUCCAGCUUGCCAAAGCUCGCAAAGCCGGUCCUCCUCCACGCGUCAAGUCGCUCAUGGACAAGGCCCGGAGCAACACCAAGGCGAUCAAGAGCAUCUACGCCCCGAGGCGUCGCAAACCUGCCGCGCCCGCCCAGCCUCGACAUCCGCCCAAGCCCGUCCUGCCCGCCGUGCCGCCCGCCCUCGCCGGCGCUCUCCCCAGUCGACCUCCUCCGCCUCUCGCGGGCUUCCCUCCUGGCCCUCCUCGUCCCAAGCGCGACCUCCUCGCGGGCUUUCCCGACGCGUCCCCCGAGCAGCCGAGCGCAUGUUCCGCUGGCGCGCCCGCCUCGAGCUCGACGUCCGACGCGCCGACAUUGCGCCCGUACAAGGAGUCGACGGCGUCGCUUGCGAGGACGGGCAGGCCCGUCUCGGACGAGCCUCGCUCGCUCAAGCGCGGUGCGGGCCCGUUCGCGGCCGAGGAGGGCGCGCCGCACGCCCACAAGCGGGUCGCGCUCUCGCCGCCCGCAUCGGCAACGUCGUACGCGAGCAGCAGAGCAUCGUCGAGCCGGCAGCCGAGCUUCUCGCCGCCGGCUCCGGCCUCUUCCUCCCACGCCCGACCCACCCCUUCCACCGCCGACCAAGCCCGCUCUCCCCCUCCCACCACCACGACUCAGCAGCAGCCUUCCUCUCGUCCUCGAGCCAGGCCCGUCAUCACGACCGUCAAGCGGGUCGUCGCCGUCCCUCGCCCUCGUCCUCCUCCACCCGCACCUCCACGCUCGACAGCGACCUCGCCGGGGUCCUCGCCGCCACCGCCGCCAGCAUACCUCCCCGCAUUCUCGGUCGCCGCAGCAGCUCCCGGCGCUGCCUCGCGCCGCACCUCGACGCCGUCGGGCGCCUCGCCGCCCCCUCGUCCUCCUCCGCCGCCGCUCGCGUCCCGCGCCGCCACCGCAGCGUCGCGCGCCGCCUCGCCACCCGCAGCGCCAGGGCGGGUCCCGAGCGCGCGGUCGGUCAACGGGCUGUUCAUCCCGCGGCGAGGAGGACCGGGCGCGGGCGCACGGUGA